CAUCGGUAGGGCCGGCGUGCGCGGUGUUUCAGUCAUUUGGCGCCGCCGCUUUGUUAGCCCUCAAGGACUAAAAGUGAGAUUUUUUCCCCGCGACCGGCGUCCCGUCGACCGCGUCGGGCCGAUUCCGCGUGAUUUGGACUUCGGUUCGCGAGUGCUUGUGUGUGUGACCUGUGGAGGAUUGAUACGUACAUACCUGCUUGACCUACCUUCUCCGUAGCAAAGAUUGAAACCAUGGGCGAGAGUUGUUCCGUAAGCUGAGGCGGUCGCUCAUCGCAGCGCAAAUGGCGCGUACGCAGAGUAGCGCCAGGGCAUUGCUGGCCACCAGCCUGCUGGUGUUGUUGCACCAGGUGCUAGCCCAGAAGCCCACCUUCGACCCAGAGGGCCCGCCGGAAGGAACAACGCAGACCGACGGGCCCGAGCUGCACUUCAGCAGCUCAUUUUACAACGUCAGCAUCCCCGAGAAUCCAGUAGGAAAAGUCUACGUGACCCCUACCGAAAAAAUGGGCGUCUUCCGGAUACCGGGCUUUGACGUGCGUUACAAAAUUGUCGAAGGCGACAAGGACAAGUUCUUCAAGGCGGAAGAACGAGAGGUUGGUGACUUUUGCUUCCUGCUAAUUCGUGCCAGGACGGGCACAAGAGACGUUCUCAACAGGGAGCGGAAGGACAAGUUCAACCUCAAAAUCAAGGCGAUGGCGCGGAGGUCGUCAAAAGAGUCACCGGCGGCUCUCGACUACUCUGACGUCAGCGCCCCCAGUGAGCUGGAGGCUGAAGUGAUGGUGCGGGUCACGGUGCUGGACACAAACGACCUCAACCCGCUCUUCUACCCGACUGAUUACGAGGAGACCGUCCUUGAGGAUACUCCUCUGCACAAGAGCAUCCUCCGGGUGACGGCCGACGACGCCGACAUCGGCCUCAACGGCGAGAUCUACUACAGUUUUAUGGAAAACACGCACCAGUUUGCAAUUCACCCAAUGACAGGCGUCGUGACCCUGACUCGACCCCUGAGGUACAACGAGAAGGCAACGCACGAGCUGACAGUGCUCGCCAGGGACAGGAGCACCCUCCUCUUCCACCCUGGCAAAUCGAAUCCCAGCACCGCUCGCCUGAAAAUCCACGUACGCCCUGUCAACCUUCACAGCCCUGAGAUUACGGUGCACAGCUUACAGGAGGUUUUCGAGCAAUCCACGAACGCCCACACCUAUGCCCUAGUCAAGGUCAACGACCGAGACAAAGGUGUCCAUGGAGAAAUUGAAUCUUUAGAAAUCGUGGAUGGAGACCCUGAUGGCCACUUCAGAGUGCGAGAAACGGAGCAGAAAAAUGAGUUCCGGAUUGAGUUGUUGGGCUUGCUGGACCGAGAGCAUUCACCCAAAGGGUACAACCUGACCCUGAAGGCAUCUGACAAAGGCAUCCCUCAGAGACACAGCUACAAGAACGUUCCAGUGCACAUUUCGGACAUCAACGACAACUCGCCCAUCUUCAGCAAGGAGAUUUAUGAAGUAGAGGUGCCAGAGUCAGCGCCCAUCAACUACCAAAUUAUCAGGCUGAAGGUCAAUGACAUCGACCAGGGCAAGAAUGCGAAGGUCCUGCUGCAGAUUGUUGGCGGAAAUGAAGGUGGCGAGUUCAGCAUCAACCCAAAAACAGGAAUGCUAUACACGUCUAAGCUUUUGGAUACUGAGACUAAAUCUUCGUACGCUUUGACAGUGUCUGCCAUCGACAGCGGGCGAGCCGGAGUACGCAAGCAGUCGUCGGCAAAGGUCAAGAUCAUCAUCCAGGACACGAAUGACAAUGACCCGUUGUUUGAAAGCAGCGACAUUGAUUAUGAAAUGAAUGAAAAUGAGCCGGCUGGAUCUUCGGUGACCAAAGUUCUGGCGCGGGAUAGAGACUCCGGUGAAAAUGCUUACAUUUCAUACAGCAUCGUCAACUUGAACCCUGUUCCGUUUGAAAUUGACCACUUUUCUGGAGUCAUCAGGACGACGCAGGUGCUAGACUACGAGUCUAUGCGUCGAGAAUAUCUGUUGAGAAUUAGGGCGUCUGAUUGGGGCCAACCCUUUCGCCGUCAAACAGAGAUGCAGCUGCACAUUCGCAUCAAGGACAUCAACGACAACAGACCCCAGUUUGAGAAAGUCUCCUGCACAGGGAGGGUGUCCCGCUUUGUGCCCAUUGGCACUGAAAUCAUCACGUUCUCCGCCAUUGACUUUGACGCUGGAAAUAUCAUCACCUACAGAAUCGUCUCUGGAAACGAAGACAACUGCUUCGCCCUUGACUCUACUUCUGGAACUCUGACCGUGACCUGUGACCUCACUGACCUCAGAACAGAUGAAAGAACUAUCAAUGUGACAGCCACAGAUGGUCUCAAUUUCGCCGACGUCACUUUUGUAAAAAUGCAGCUUCUUAAUUCCAAGCCGAGCCACCAAAUGCUGAGCGAUGCUGAGGCUGCUUUUGACUGCUGGGACACAGGAGUGGCUCGCAGACUGACAGAAGUUUUAGCCUCCGCUGAAAAGAACAACGCUCCUGGCCAAGAGGAGGUUUUUGCCAUGAUGCCAAGUCGUUACGGUGACAACGUCCACUCUCCAGAAUUCCUCGACUUUCCAACACAACUUCAGAUCAACGAGUCAACUGCCUUGAACACCGUCAUUGCUACCCUGAAGGCCAGAGAUCGUGACCUUGGCUACAACGGAAAGAUGAUUUUUGGAAUCUCCAAUGGUGACGUUGACUCGGCCUUCAACUUGAAUUUGGAAACUGGAGAGUUGAAAGUCGUCGGUUACUUGGACAGGGAGCUGGAGUCCGAGUACUUCCUGAACGUGACUGUCUAUGACCUUGGAAAGCCACAGAAGAGCGCUUCCAGAGUGUUGCCAAUCACCAUUCUGGACAUCAACGACAACGCGCCGAAGUUUGAGAAAACCCUGGCCAGCUUCAAAGUGUCCGAAAACGCGAAAAACGGCACAAUCAUCAUGACCUUGAACGCUACUGAUAUCGACGAGGGUGAAAAUUCAAAGGUGGUGUACAAUUUGGAGACCGACACCAAGGAUUUCUCAGUCCACCCCGUCAGCGGAGCCGUAAGUGUUGCUGGAAAACUCGACAGGGAGCGCCAGAGCACUUACGAAUUGAAAAUCAGGGCCAGCGACAGCUCAAAAACGAGGCCUCUUAGUUCUUUUGCAUUGGUCAGGGUAGCUGUUGAUGACGUAAAUGACAAUGCACCGAAGUUUUCUCUGGACCAUUACUCGAUAAAGGUGCGCGAGGACAUACCAACUGAGACAGUCGUUGCCUUCAUCAAUGCCGUUGACCCAGAUCUUGGCCAGGGAGGAGAGGUGAAAUACUCACUUGUGCCCGGCCCAGACACGUCGUCCUCGUUCAGCAUCGACAAGAACACUGGCACCCUGCGGCUGACGCAGCCGCUGGACUUCGAGGAGCGCCAACUGCACUCGCUUGUGAUCAGGGCGAGGGACAAAGGCACGCCGUCGCUCUCCUCGGAGGCCACGCUGCAGGUGGAAGUGGUUGACGUGAACGAAAAUCUGCACCCGCCGCAGUUCAGUGAUUUUGUUGUGUCGGUCGCCGUGGCCGAGAACCAGCCGCCCGGCGCCCACGUGGCGCAGGUGGUGGCCACGGACAAAGAUCCGCCCGGUGACGACAGCAGGAUUAGCUACUCGAUUCGCGGCGGCGACGGCGUUGGACUCUUCGCCAUCGAUAAUCAAGGAAACAUUUCGACGCUGGCCGUGCUGGAUCGCGAGAGCAAACGAAGCUACUGGCUGACGGUGAUGGCGCAGGACCACGGCGUCGUGCCUCUUCACUCGAGAAUCGAGGUGUACGUGGAAGUGGUGAAUGUGAACGACAACACGCCUCUGACCCUGCAGCCGGUUUAUUACCCGAGCAUUCCCGAAAACUCGCCCGCCGGCCAGGAAGUGAUAACUCUUGAGGCGCGCGACGACGACCUCGAGGACCAGCCGCCGCCGCUGCUGUUCCGCAUCACGGCCGGCAACGCCGAGAGCUUCUUCACCAUCGAGAACGGCACCAUUCGCACCACGGGACGAAAACUGGACCGCGAAAAUCAGGCAGAGCACAUCCUCGAGGUGACAGUGAGCGACCAGGGCAGUCCGGCUUUGUCGUCGACGACCCGCGUGGUGGUGCAGGUCGAGGACACCAACGACCACGCCCCCGAGUUCAGGGAAAAGUACAUCAAGGCCGACAUCCCGGCCCUCACCGACAGCAGCGUUUUCCAGAACGACGACACCGAGGGCACUGUAGAUAUCGCAGUGAUUGAUAAAUAUCUCGAGGAGGGACCAUGGGAAACUUACUCUCCAGACUCCUUGGUCGGAGAUAACAUACUGAGGGUGCUCGCUUUCGACGCCGACUCUGGCAGAAACGGAGAGAUCGAGUACAGCAUCAAGUCCGGCAGAGGAAAGGGCAAGUUCCGCAUCCACCCGCAGACGGGCGAAAUUUUCGCUCAUCGCGGCAUGCAAGUUGGACAGGACUAUGACAUCUUGGUCAAAGCGACUGACCACGGCGUCCCGAGAAGGAGCCAAACGUGCCGCGUGAAUCUGCACGUGGUGCCUGUGUCUGAAGAUUCGCCGAACCCUCCCUCGGUGCGCACCGUGAGUCAGCAGGUGACGGUCACAGAGAGCGACGAGCCCGGCUUUCUUGUCGGAAUCAUCCAGGCCGAGGACAAAGACGGAGACCAUUUGUGGUACCAAAUAAUCGAUGGAAACGAAAGGAACGAGUUCUACAUCGGCAGAGGCGAGGGAAACAUUUUGCUUGCCAAAAAGUUGGACUGGGAGACGCAGAAUGAAUACAAACUCAACAUCAGCAUCACUGAUGGGGUCCAUAUGACUUAUGCACAGAUGCUGGUGACAGUUUUGGACGUGAAUGAUCAUCGUCCGCGUUUUGUGGAAGAAAUGCUGAGCGUAGACAUUUCGGAGAACAUUGAGUUGGGCACCAAAAUUCUGCAACUGGACGCCACUGACCUGGACGAAGACAAACGCGUUUUCUACAGUCUGCACUCAGCCCGGCAUCCGUCUUCCUUGAGCAUCUUCAAAAUCGACUCGGUCUCCGGCGUGGUUUCUCUCAACGAGAAGCUCGACAGGGAGACCAUCGAAGAGCACAUUCUGAUUGUGAUGGUCAAGGAUCAGGGCACGCCUUCCAAGCGGAACUAUGCCCAAAUCAGGGUCAAAGUGCAUGAUCACAAUGAUCAUGCGCCCACUUUUGGUGAAACCCUCAUGCAGGCCAAGGUGUUCGAAACUGCCAGCGUCGGAAGUAUGGUUGCGCAGGUGUCGGCCAUUGACCUGGACAAGGGAGAAAAUGCUAAAAUAUCCUACGCAAUCACAUCUGGCAAUGUUGGAAAUGCUUUCUCGAUUGAUUCCGAAACUGGAGCAAUUCAAGUUGCUCGCGACCUGGACAUGAACUCCAACAAAGAAUACAUGCUGACCAUCAAAGCAACUGACGGAGGCUCACCCUCUCUGUCCUCUACUCUAAGGGUGCACAUCAUGGUUUUCAUGGCUGACAAUGCUCCCCCUAAAUUUGUCAAGAAGGACUAUGCUGCUGAAAUUUUUGAAAACCUCCCUCGAGGGACUUUUGUGAUCCACUUGGACGCCAGAAGCACAUCGAGUCUGCUCUUUGAAAUUGUGGAGGGAAACGUUGAGGACAUGUUCUUUGUCAAUCCGAGUACUGGAGUUGUGGUCACCAAAAAACCGCUUGACUACGAAAAGGUCAAAUUCUACAACAUUUCUGUGGAUGCAACUAACAUGGCUGGCGCCAAGGCAUCUUGUCAAGUGACAGUCCAUGUGUUGGACCAAAACGACAAUGCCCCCGUCUUCACUCAGGACCUUUUCGUCGGAUCAGUGAGUGAAACUGCCGAGGUUGGAGCUUUGGUUCUGACCAACAAAAGCAGUCCUUUGGUCAUCAAGGCGUCGGACGUGGAUUCCGAGAUGAACGCCCAGUUGCACUAUGACAUCGUCGAGGCCAUUCCGAGGCACUAUUUCCGAAUCGACCCAAGCACUGGUGCCAUCAGGACUGUUCGGUCCUUCGACUACGAACAAAUGCAGCGGUUCACCUUCCACGUGCGAGUGUCCGAUCUUGGCAAACCAAGACUGUCCUCCGAAGGAAUGGCCGAGGUUCAGAUUUCGGUGCUCGACGUCAACGACUGCCCCCCUGUGUUUGAAGAAUCAACGUACAACGCCACUCUUCUGCUGCCCACCUACCAGGACGUGGCCGUACUCACAGUCAAGGCCACUGACCCUGACUCGGCUGAAAGGACUUUGCUCAGAUAUGACAUAAUUGAAGGAAAUACUGGAAAAGCAUUCGCUGUUGGAGAAAACACGGGUAUCAUCACAGUUUCAAACACGGCCAACAUGCUGCCUUAUUACAAACUACACCUCCGAGUGUCCGACGGCACUUUCAGCACAGUGACGCACGUCAAUGUGAAGGUCGAGCGAUCUGAAAACUCGGGCCUGGCCUUCCAGAAGGACGUCUACUUUGGCUCAAUCACAGAAAACUCGACCAAAAUCACAACCGUGGCAGUGGUUAAUGUGUUGGGCAGCGCCUUGAAUGAGCACCUGGUGUUUAAAAUCCUCAACCCGACUGACAUGUUCGUCAUUGGACCCACUUCAGGCGCCAUCAAGACCACCGGCAGGCGUUUUGACAGGGAGGAAAAGGACAACUAUGAACUUAUUGUAGAGGCCAGGAGUGAUGAAAACCGAGCAGAUCGGCCCCGAGUGGCCCAUGUCAUUGUCAAUGUCACCAUACUGGACAUGAAUGACAACUGCCCCAUGUUUGUGAACCUCCCCUACUACGCCGUGGUGUCUGUUGACGCCAUCAAGGGAUCAGAAGUUUACAAGGUGCAAGCGGUUGACAUGGACAAGGGUGAAAACGGAGAGGUGCGCUACGAACUGCACAAAGGCCAUGGCGAGCUGUUCAAAGUUUGCCGCAAAACAGGCGAAGUCACCUUGAAACAGAACCUCGAAGGCCACAACAGGGAAUAUGAGCUUAUCAUUGGUGCCUACGACAACGGAAUCACUCCUUGUUCGACUGAAGUGCCUUUACACAUCAAAGUGAUUGACCGCUCGAUGCCGGUGUUUGACAAGCAGUUCUACACUGACACUGUGUUAGAAGACAUUGAGGUGCUUUCACCAUUAAGUCUGAACAUCCAGGCUGAGUCUCCGAUGGGCCGAAAAUUGAUUUACACCAUCGAGAAGGGCAACGACUUUGAGGAAUUUGCUCUUGAUUUCAACACUGCCCCUGACACUAGCAAUGGUCCCUGCGCCAUUUACGUGGUGGACGAGUUGGACUACGAGCACAAGAAGCAGUACGAGUUGACAAUCAGGGCAACGGACAGUGUGUCCGGCGUUUACGCUGAGGUCAUUGCCAGCAUCCGAGUGGAGGACGUCAACGAUUGCGCGCCAGAAUUCACGCAGGACUCGUACAACAUUUCUGUGUCAGAGGCAGCACCGUUCGGCACUUCCAUUCUCAAAGUUGUUAGCAGAGACAAUGACACCGGUAUCAAUAAAAAAAUCACGUACAAAAUUAAAAAGGACUCGGAGAACUCGACCGAGUAUUUCCAUAUUGAUGCAGAUGACGGCUCGAUUUACCUGAAAAGAUCUUUGGAUCAUGAGCUGCACAGGUCGCACCACUUCAUCGUGGUGGCCACUGAUUCGGGCAUUCCUCGACUUUCGACAACUGCCCAUGUCUGGGUGUCUGUUGUGGACAUGAAUGACAAUCCUCCAAGGUUUGAGCAGCCGUCUUACACCUGCUUCCUUUCGGAACAAGCGCAGCGCCUUCAAUUUGUGACCGUUGUCACUGCCAGUGACCCAGACUCCAUUGACCAGGAGCGUUUGACUUAUUCCAUUGUGGGUGGAAACGAGCAGCAGAUUUUCCACAUGGACCACCGCUCUGGCGUCAUCUCCCUCAUCAACAUGCAGAAUUUCGCCCAGCAGCCAGUUUACCACCUAAAUGUGUCCAUCACCGAUGGUGUCUACACCAGUUUCGCGCGGGUCAAAAUCGACAUUCUAUCGGCCAACAAGCACAACCCGGUGUUCUCCAAGCCCAUCUACGAAGCCAAAAUCACUGAGAACCAAGUUGCUGGCAUGCCUGUGACCCAAGUUGUGGCCACAGACAAGGACAGAAAUGAGUACGGAAGCGUCAAGUACAGCAUCCCGUCCGACCUGCUCAGCGAAACCUUCGAAAUCAACCCUGGCUCUGGUGAUAUAGUGAGUAAGAAGCCUCUAGACAGAGAGGAGAUCAAAUCGUACGAAAUCCCUGUGAUGGCCACUGAUGGUGGUGGCCGGUCUGCCUUUGCCCAGGUCAGGGUCAAGGUCCUUGACGAAAAUGACAAUCCACCAGAGUUUCUACUCAGGGAGGCGAGAGCCUGCAUUUUCAGCAAUUUUUCAGCUGGUUCUCCUAUUAUGAAGGUAAAAGCUGUUGACCCGGAUGAAGGGUCUGCUGCUGAGGUUGAAUACUCAAUUUAUGAGACUGCCAAUACACCUGUCGCGGAGCUUUUUACUGUGCACAGACACACUGGUGAAAUUUCUUUGCUCAAAAGUGUCGUAGGAAAAGAAAAUCAAGUCUUCCAAUUCUUUGUCAGAGCUACUGAUAAGGGCACGCCUAGUCUUAAUUCUGAUCUCACAGUUGAGGUGUUGGUGAUGAACACCCAAGAUGUGCCACCUGCUUUUGAAAGACACGAUGACAAAUUCUUCAUAUCCGAAUACUCACAGCCUGGCCUAAUAAUCUCGACGGUGAAAAUGUCUUCUGCCGCUCCAGUCAAGUUCCGAAUAAUUUCAAAGGAUGGCACUGAGGAUCCUGCGCCUCUGUUCAACAUCGGAGUCGAUGGCCAGUUGACCGUGGCUGGAAAGCUGGACAGAGAGACCAAGGACACUUAUGUGGUAACAGUACUGGCAGAAACGGAUGACAGUCCUCCCCUCACAGUCGUCUCGGAUGUCACGAUCAAAAUUCUGGACGAAAACGACAACGCUCCUAAGUUUGAAAGCAACCCUUACACAGUCGAAGUGGCAGAAAAUGUUGAAGACGGCUCUUCAAUUUUGAGAGUCAUUGCUCAUGAUGCCGACCAAAGUAAAAACAAAGAAAUCCGCUACACUUUCAACACUGACAUUGGUGAUUUGGCAAAUGUUUUCACUAUUGACCAAUUUUCCGGCUGGAUCACUACCCUAAUUCCACUUGACAUGGAGAAGCAGUCUGAUUACAAGUUCCAAGUUGUGGCCACUGACAAUGGAAACAACAAGCACUUUGCUCUGACGCAGGUGCACAUCAAAAUCAAGGACUACAAUGACAAUCCACCGGUGUUCUCCGAAAGCCACUACGACGCAGCAGUGAAUGAGGAUGCUUUACCUGGCACUGUAAUCAAAACUUUGAAAACAAGUGACUUGGACUUGGACGUGUCUCUUGUUCAGUACUACAUCACAGGUGGAGACUCAAGAUCUGAAUUCUCAAUCAGGAGCACGGGAGAAGUCUUUGUCAGCAAAUUCCUGGACAGAGAGUCCAUUCCUAGAUACGUCCUAGACAUUGUUGCCACAGACGGAGAGCACAUUGCCAAGACCAAACUUUCCAUUGAAAUUCUCGAUGCAAAUGAUAAUCCACCGUACUGCCUGCGGCACCGGUACAGAAAGGUCUUGUCUGAAGGAACUCAGCCUGGCACUUUCAUCCUCACAAUUUUGGCCAACGACAUUGACGAGGAGCCGAAUGCGCACCUCAGAUUCUACCUGACUGGUGACGGUGCUGACAAAUUUUAUCUCGACAAGUCCAAGGGCCUGCUGAAAACCAACAGACUGCUGGACAGAGAGGAACAACCCAAGUACAACCUGGUUGCCCACGUCCAGGAGCAAGACAAGCCUGGCUUCGAAUGUUCCUCCCUGGUUGAAAUCCUUGUGUCCGACUUGAAUGACAAUGCACCGAUUUUCUCCACAAAACUCUACUCGGUGAAUUUACCUGAAGACACCGAAGUUGGGACUUUGGUGACCAAGGUGCACGCCACUGACAAGGACAUUGGGGUCAACCGGAAGGUCAAAUACGCCCUGCUGGAUUCUGCUGCUGGCCACUUCAAAAUGGCUGGGGACAGUGGAAUAAUAACUCUGGCCAAGCCACUUGACCGAGAGCAGAGGGCCAUUUUCAACCUGACGGUGCAGGCCAGUGACCAAGGCACACCUGCGCUCUCCUCCACAGCAGUGGUAAAGGUCGUCGUCCUGGACAUCAAUGACAACCCGCCAGAGUUUGCUUCCAAAAACUACUACGCAAAAGUUCCGGAAAUUGCCCCCAUUGGGACUGAAAUUGUCCGUGUUUUGGCCACUUCAAAAGACACUGGAGUCAAUGCUGAAAUUUCUUACUCCAUUGUUGGAGGCAAUGAGCACAAGAAGUUCAACAUGAAUGCAAAGACAGGAACUUUGAUCGUGGCCGAGCACCUUGACUACGAAAGGGCCAAGGAGUACUUCCUGACAGUCCAGGCCAUCGACGGAGGAAAUCCACCCCUGAGCAACUACGCCACCAUCAACAUCACAGUCACUGACAGCAAUGACAACGCGCCCAUUUUCAACCAAGUGUCCUACAGUGCCAGAAUCAGAGAAGACGCGCAGGUUGGAGAUAAAAUUCUGCAAGUGGUGGCCAACGAUCUGGACAGCGGCGCCAAUGGCGAAGUGAGCUAUUCCAUUGAGAAUGGGGACAGACAUGAGCAGUUCUUCAUGGACAAGAAGAGUGGCUACAUCUCAGUUUCCAAGCAGCUUGACCGUGAAAUGAUCUCCAGCUAUGUUCUUGAAAUUCAGGCCAAAGAUCAUGGCCAGAAUCAACUGAGUAGCACUGUCAUGGUCAACAUUGACAUUUCUGACGCCAAUGACAACCCACCACUCUUCUCUCAAAUGAACUACUCUGCCUUUAUUCAGGAGGACAAACCUCCAGGCCACAGUCUGUUGAAGUUCAUUGUGACUGAUGCUGAUGACCGGCCGAACGGCGCCCCUUACACAUUCGAAUUCCGCUCCGGCAACGAGGACAACACCUUCAUGCUAGAGCAGGACGGAAUUCUGAAAACGGCGGCCCGAUUCAACCACAAAAUCAAAGACAGCUACCAACUGCACAUCCGAGUCUACGACAAUGGCUCGCCUCCUCUCUAUUCAGACACCAGAACCUCAAUAAAAGUGAUUGAGGAGUCACAGUACCCGCCUGUCAUCACCCCUCUGGACAUUUCGGUCAACUCUUACCUGGACCAGUUCCCAGGUGGACGCAUGGGAAGAGUUUUUGCCACCGAUCAAGACCAGUACGACAAACUGAGCUACGCCUUGGCGCCUUCUCCGAGUGUUCCGAACCCCUCGGAGCUGUUUGAAAUCGAUCCCGUCGAAGGAAUUCUCACUGCUUUGCCAGGACUGGACGCUGGGGUCUAUCAAGUGAAUGUCACAGUCUCGGACGGCAAGUUCUCAUCCGUCAUCCUAAUCAAAGUCAACGUUGAGCCAAUUGCUGAUGAGGUGUUGCAACAGGCAGUAAUAAUCCGCUUCCUGGACGUCACUCCCGAGGACUUCCUCUACAGCUACCGCAAGAACUUCAUCAAGGCCAUCAAGUCCACCCUGAACGUGCGUCUGAAGGACGUCAUGAUUUUGAGUUUGCAGCCCACGGCUCCUUCCCAGACGAAGCAGAAGAUCCGUUUGAAGAGAGCGGCGCCCGGGCUGGACGUCCUGGUGGCCGUCAGGUCCCCCACCGGAGCCCUCGUACCUGCCGCAGAGGUGCACAGCGCCCUGAACAACAACCUGGACGACCUGGAGGCGGCCACCGGCCUCACCGUGGGCGAAAUCACCUUCAAGAAGUGCACGCCUGGCUUCUGCAAGUUUGGAGAGUGCUCGGACCGGAUCCUGCUGGACAAGACGCAGAUCAUUUCUGUCAACACCGAGUUGAACAGUUUCGUCGCUCCGGCGCACCUCCACAAGGCCUUCUGCCAAUGCAAAGAGGGAUAUGACGGUGAGAGGUGUGAGAAAAUAGUGAAUGAGUGUGCACGCCAGCCGUGCUCCUCCUUCAAGGUCUGCGUGCCGGACGCGUCGCCCCAGGGCUACACCUGCCAGUGUCCGGAAGGCAUGGCCGGUUCGACCUGCAAAAUCGACAUCUCCAAGUGCCACAACGAGGCCUGUUACAUCCCGAGAAACCCGGUUUCUUUCAGCGGCAAGAGCUACGCCCAGUACAAGAUGGACAAGAACCAAGUGAAGAAGGCUUUGCUGGACAGACUGAACCUCUCGAUGAGGAUCAGGACUAUGCAGCCGGCCGGAACUUUGAUGUACGCCGCUGGCAAGGUGGACUACCAUGUUCUUGAGCUGGUGAAUGGAGUUGUCCAGUUCCGGUUUGACCUGGGCAGUGGAGAGGGUCUUGUGCGCGUGAGCAGCACUUACAUCAGUGACAGUCAGUGGCACGAGAUCCAACUGACGCGGGACAGCAACACCGCCCGACUCACAAUCGACGGCAAGCAUGUGGCCCACGGGUCAGCGCCGGGCAUCAACGACGUCCUCAACCUACAGCGCGAUGACCUCUACUUUGGGGCUGAGGUGCGACAACACCCCACCAUCUUGGGCUUCGAGGACGUCCAGAGAGGCUUUUCCGGCUGCAUGGACGACAUCAGGAUCGACGGAAUCACUUUGCCGCUGCACAUGAGCGGCACCAGCCUCGUCGCCACCCUCAAGAGGUUCACCAACGUUGAGUUCCAUUGCAAACAGGUUUUGCUUCCGGCCGGAGUUUGCGGUUCGCAGCCGUGCCAGAACGGCGGGACGUGCAAGGAAGUGGGCAACACGUACAAGUGUCUGUGCCACGCGCGCUUCACUGGUCUGAGCUGCGAGGUGGACUUGGACCCUUGCGCGUCCAACCCGUGUUUGCACGGCGGCCGCUGCCUGGCCACGCCUCGCAGCGACUACGUGUGCGAGUGUCUGCCCCGGCUAAGUGGCAAACGGUGCGAGUACGGCCGCUUCUGCAACCCCAACCCCUGCAGGAACGGCGGCGUGUGCGAGGAGGGCGACUCGGCGCCCAUGUGCAAGUGCAAGGGCUUCACCGGCGAGCUCUGCAACGUGGACGUCGACGAGUGCGCCCACUCGCCCUGUCUCAAUGGAGCCACCUGCAUCAACGAAUUCGGAAAUUUCAGGUGUCUGUGUCCUCCGAACGCGACCGGCCACCUUUGCGGCCAAAUGCUCUACAACACGCCAAUCACUGCUGGACAGUACUGGGAGGAGAUUGCGAUGAUCGGCGCCGUCCUGUUCCUCAUUUUCGUGCUGGUGUUGCUGUUCAUCUGCAUCAGGCGUUGCACUAUUCGGCGGAACAACAAACGCAGCAGCAACAUCAACAAUGAGACCAGGAAGGACAUUGUUCUCAACUCGAAUCGCAGCUGCGACGUCGAUUUCAAACGCAGCUCCAAACUCAGCAACCUCGAGAUGAGCCAAGUUCCUCCUCAAUGUCCACCUCGUCCCGUUUCGUACACACCGAGCACCAACAACGAAAACGCGGCGGCCGUUGCGUACGCCACUGCCCUGAACAACCUGGACACUUCGCGCAACUACGGCUCGGCUGGCGACGAGUUGGAAAACAUCCCGCCCGGCUACCUGCGCAACUUGAACCGAAACGUGGCCGCCAUUCCGACGCUGCCUCCGGUGCCGCCGUCCAACCCAGCCAGCGACACGGACAGUCUGCACAAGCCGUGGAUCGAGUCGGACCUCAACAUUCCGUCCUCGACCGCGGCGGCCGCGAGCGCCGUCUACGCGGAACCGAACAAAAUCAGGAAUAACAAUGUGCGUCGCGCGCCCGACUUGCCCGCCAAAGCUGGUUUGCUGUACAGCCGGCCGCAGAGGGCCAUGACUGGCGCCUCGGCCUCCUCCCUCAGUUCCCUCGAGGACGACCCUCGCAUGCUCGGGGGUUACCACUGGGAUUGUUCUGACUGGAAUCAAACGCAAAAUCCUCUGCCCAACAUCACUGAGGUCCCUGGCAGCGAGGUGCCGGACACUUCGAGCUUCCACAGCAAUGAGAGUAACGAGAGCCACUCAAAUACUCACAGCUCUCUAAUCAGAACAGUUCCUUUGGAUGAGUGUCGUCGCGAGGCGGAUGGCGAGGAAAACGGCUACACUGUUGACUCUGAGGGCGGCACCGACUUUGAAGACCUGGCGCCGAGCUCGUGUCUGCAGAAACUGCUGGCCUCGCCCAUUCUGGACACAAGUGACAUGGCCGACGACUACCCUUACCGCGGCAAGGAGGCGUACCGAAGCCAUUUGAACCAAUACCUGCCGAAACCCUCGUACGCCGUCAGCGAGUCUGAAAACGAAGAGGCGCUGAUUCCGCUCAAGAGCAGUCGGCUGCAGCGGGCGGCCAGCGAGGACUCUCAGGACGACGUCGUCCCGUACGGCUUUCCGCAGGGCAGCCAAAUCCGGCUGGACCCGGACGGCUCCAUCAUCACUGGCAUCGAGUCGACGGGCGGCUACACCAGUGCCAGCGACGUCUGCGACAUCGACGACUCCGAGUUCGAGUCGGAACCCAAAAGCAGGACCAAGUUCGUGUGGCCGGACGUCACCCACACGCAGGUCUGACAGGACGCUCGAUCAAAAUUUUAAAAAGUGACCGAGUAAAUUUAUUAUCAAUGGACUCGAAGGAAAUUAUUUCAAAGGCAGGACGCGUCGUGCCGUUUCAAGCACAACACCCGCAACUGUGAUGUUAAUCUUUAGUAGAACUUGUUAGAUUUAAAAAAAGGAUAUUUAUGAAGAAUAUGAAAAUAUUUCUGGAAUUUAUCAUAAAAAUUGAUUUGAAAAAUCCAGACUACUUAUGAAGGCAAUAAACUGGAAUAGCUAUUUAUUUAAUUUGAUUCAAAAUAAGGUGCCAUCCUCGGGACGAGAGUUGAAUUCCUCUGUGGAAAGUCUAGGAAGGCCUAAAAACAAAACUACUUAAAUUUCUCAAAAACAAACAUACUUCCUAUAAAAACUUGAGUUUCUAAUGGCCGUCCUGACUUUCCUCAAAUUAUUUCAAAAAGAUCUUUUUUCUUUGUUAAAUUUUGUGUAUAUAUAAAUUGUUAGGCGCUCUCGUCUGUCGCUAUAUAAAUAUAUUUAUGAAGAAAAUCGCUGAUCUGAAUAUAUAAAACGUGGUGUCCUAAUUAAUUGUAAUAACUGACGGUUGCUUGUUUUUAAUUUUUACACACUACACUGUAAAAUUUAACAAAAAGUGUAUUGAAACGAGAGAACUUUUGAACUUAACUUGCCACCAGAAGAGGGAGUAUUUUUCCAUAAGACUGCUAUUUUAUACGAAAAUGAAGAAAAAUCGCAAAGAAAUUCUAUUAUAUAAUUGAAAAGAAAAAAAAUUGUAUGAUGAAAAAAUAGGAAUGCUUGAAUAUAAAAAAAAAAAUGAAAUAUCUCCCUCAUGUGCCUCCUGCACUUUUCUAUAUAUUUAACAAAGUCGCUUAUGAUUUCAGUUUAAAAAAGAAAUACGUAUCAUCCUCUUGAUCAUCAUCACGCGCGCAGCUUGACAAAUACCCUUUUACAAAACAAGUAAAAUAGCCGCUCCAGCUAUGUAAUCCAAUUUUCGGGUAGAAUAAUUUCUCUUCAUCUUGUGCUAGCUUCAAAAAAUCCUCAUCGAGCGCAAGUAAAAAUUCACUCGCUUGGACCCUUUCAACGUGCUCAAUCAAAAUAUUUAAUUAUAAAAAUAAUAUACAUAAUUAAAAGCUAAUUACUUAUUUUCUUUCAUUCUUGGUUUCUGAACGAACAGAUCUCAGUCUGAAUAAUAAAGUCUCGAUAGGAUUUGCGACAAUAUGCCUUUGAGUAUAAAACAAGAGCAGCUGUUUUUGUUUCGGUUUGAAAAUUUCCACAUAUCACUUUUCUCUCUCUCGCUCGAACCUUCCUGUCAGUAUUUGUGCUGCCGAUCAGUCAUUAAUUUUAAAAUUUAAGCUGUUUGUUGAUUUAUAUAAGUAUUUGUACAGAAAAAAAGUGAAUGCUGCCAUAGGUUUAAUUUUGAAAUCGAUCAAUUUGUUUUGUCCUUCUGCGAACUGCCCUUCUGGCGUGGCGAGUUUUACGGAAAACGAGAGAAGUGGCGCUGAAGGCUUUUAAACUUGUGUAUAAAUAAAUCCUGGACGGGUGCGUGCGAAACUUUGGGACGAAGAAGAAGUUUGUUUGAUUGUUUGUGAAGCGCACUUGAGAGUAACGAACGCAGAAUAAUUUUAUAUAUUAUGAACUGUAAUGAAAGAGACGAUGAGAGAAUAUUUGUAUUAUACGCAGUGUUAAUUGAUAAGAAUAAAUGAUUGUAUUUUUAAUGAAAA